AUGGAAGUAAUUGAAGGAAACGAUUACUUACUUACUCAAAUUCUUGUUCGUCUUCCUUUGAGAGAUGUCAAAACCUUCAAACGUGUCUCCAAGCGGUGGCGCUCUCUCAUCUCCGCCCCUUACUUCCGCCACUGCCACACCACCGUAAAACGAAGAAUCUCCUGUUUGUUCUUAAAUCCCCCCGUCAACUCUCCACAUCAGGAAUUAAACUUCUUCUACUUGGAUCAGAAAACAGCUUCGUUCUUCCCCAAAAUCCUCGAUCUGCCUCGUUCACGUAUAUCACAAUCUUGCAACGGCUUAAUGCUUGUCCAAUCGAGGAGCGACACGUUCAUCUAUAACCCUACCACCGGACACAAGAAACCCUUGCCUUCUCCCUUUCCAUCGUUUGACGAAUCACGUUUCAGGUAUUACUACUCUCUGGCUUUUGAUCCCUUGCGAUUUCUUGGUUAUAAGCUGAUCUGCAUUUAUCAUCGCGAGUAUUCGAAAGAAGACAGUUACCGAACCAUGAUUUACUCCUCGGAAUCCGGUGCCUUUUGGAAGCACUGCGGCUCUUCCUUCUCGGCUCCCAUUAACAUGCAUUUUGCACGUGGUGUUUAUUUCAAAGACUCAGUUUACUGGAUCGACACAGAAAGCAAAACGACACUGCGUUUUGAUCUGAACGAAGAGCUCGUGAAGGAUGACAUGCCUCCCUUGCCGCAACAACAUCAUCAACAUGAUGCUGCUGGUUACGGAUAUCGAUGGGUUCUUGCACCUGCAUGCGGUUACAUGAAUUCAGUUGGAUUUGACUCUAAGUAUCGUAUAAGCAUCUUCCGAUUGAAGGAAGAUGAUUAUUCAUCACGGUGGGUUCUGAUGCACAGCGUUGAUCUUCGACGAUGUAUAAAUCUUCGAACUAUUUAUCAGAUAAUAAUUCUUAAAAACUACUUCAAUUUAGGGUAUGCAUGCAGUAUACUCCAUCUCAUUGAAGAUGGUGAAGAUGAGAUGACUUUGUUGUUGCAGAUACCAAACAAAGUUAUUGCUCUGCGGUUAAAGGAUAAUACCUGUGAUGAUGUGUUGGACUUUACAAGAGUAAAAGGAAAUUUCCUCCGUUAUUGUUCCCCUGGAUUUAAGGGGUGGUACAGAGCCUUUGGGUUCAUUGAGAGCUUAGCUUGUGUUUAG